GCUGAUUACCAGCACAAGUCAGGCGGACAAAGUUUAUAUCUGGACGAAAAAUUUUUACUAAAAUUCGGAUAAUAAUAAUUUAAGUCAAAGAUUAUGGCGGACUCAGAUGAUGAAUACGAUCGCAAGCGACGUGACAAGUUCCGUGGUGAACGUGACAGCUACAGACCAGAGCGGCGGGAGGAACGUAGGCCCUUGGGAGGUGUUGGGGGCGCACGAGAUGACUGGCCUGAGCGUAAUCCAUUUCGCGGCAGUGCAGCUGCAGCUGGCGGAGGUGGCGUUGGAGCACGUCAUCGGCCUGAUUACAGUGACUACCGGGGAGCCGGUCCUCGACCGCGGUAUGGCUCUCCGGGUCGUGAGAUGCCACAAGCAAAACGUAUGCGCCCCGACUGGGGAGAUAGUGACAUGCGCUCCAAUGGUCGAUUUGGUUACGACCCAUACCUGAUGCAAGCCUGGAAUGAUCAUUAUCAAUCACUGCAUUCGGCUUAUGGAGGUCAUGGAGGUCAUCAUUCCUCACGCGAUUCUGCUCCAAGUGGUGGAGGUGGUAGUGGCGGCGAUACACAAACACAGCCUGCAAUGUUGACGUUGAAGCAGUUUCUUGACACACAGGAUGAAAACAUUUCGGACUCUGAAGUUAUGCGAAAGUACACCGAAUACAAAACGGAUUUUAAGCGUCAGCAGCUGAACGAGUUCUUUGUGGCUCACAAAGACGAGGAAUGGUUCAAAAAUAAAUAUCAUCCCGAGGAUAGCGUGCGACGUACUAAUGAACAACGCGGCUUCUUAAAGCGACGCACAGAGGUAUUUAUCGAGCUGCUUGACAAUGGCACUAUUGCCAAAGUUAAAGUGGACUCCUCGCAGGCAGAUGCCUUGGUGCGUGUGCUAGACACUUGCGUCAUUAAGCUAGAAGGUGGCACAGAAGAGGAUCUGAAGAUACUUGAUGAGAAGCCCAGAGAGGUGAACUACGAGCGCAAAUCUGAAACUGAGACAACAGUUGUAACCAAACAAGAGGCACCUGACAGUCCUAAAACAGAAAAGGAUGAUGCAUUAUCAAAGGUUGAUUCGCCGAAACGCAAGGGUCUGCGACCAAUUAAUUCCGAUGAAGAGAACUGGGAUGAGGAUGAUGAAAUGUCAGCUGUAAAGGAAACAACAACAACGAGCAAAGCAGAAGAUAAGCCAGCUGUUAGUGUGGACGUUAAGGAAAAGCUGCCAAAAACAAAGAAAGCUAAGAAACGCAAACGUAAUAGCAGCGAUAAUGAGAGCUCCUCCUCUUCAAGCUCCAACACUGAUUCAGAUAGCGAUACCGAUGAUGAUGAAAAAUUAAAACAGAAAUAUGAUGUGGAGCAGGGCUUGCGUGCUGAUCAGGCAAGUGAAGCAGAAAAAGACAGGGAGAAGGAAGCGGCGGCAGCCAAGGCAAAGCAACCUCCACCAGACAGUCCUAGCGCUGCAGAUAAUGCUGAAGCUGAUCAGCAGCAAGAACAGGAUCAGGAGAUGAAGUCAGAAUCGGAGGAAAAAGCAAAUGAUGACGACAGUCAGUCAUCAGUUGUAGAGGCUGAGAAAGCAGAUAAAGAACAGGAUAAUCAACAAACUUCUAGCAAUGGCAGCGAAGAGAAACAAGCUGAUGCGAGGGAUGGGAAUGAGAGCGGACCUAAAACGCCAACAAAAGCAGAUACUGAUGAAGUACCCAACGAAGCCGCAACCAAUGAGUUGGAAAAAGUUAAGGAUAACUCACAGCCGCGUGCCCUGCAUCGCACCUCAUCCAUAUUCUUACGCAACUUGGCGCCAUCGAUUACAAAAGCAGAAAUCGAAGCGGUUUGCACACGCUUCAGUGGUUACCUGCGUGUGGCUAUUGCCGAUCCACUUGUGGAGCGUCGUUGGUAUCGCCGUGGCUGGAUAACUUUCACACGUGACGUGAACAUUAAAGAGAUUUGCUGGAGUUUAAACAAUCAGCGAUUGCGUGACUGCGAAAUGGGCGCCAUUGUUAAUCGAGAUUUGAGUAGACGCGUCCGUCCGGCCAAUGGCAUAACAGCGCAUAAACAAAUUGUGCGUUCUGACAUUAAACUAUGCGCCAAGAUUGUUAUGAAUCUGGAUGAGCGCUUCAAGCUGUGGAGCGAAUCGGCAGCAAAUGAGCACAAAGCGGACACAGAAGUCAAUGGCAACAGCAGCGCGUCUAGUUAUGGCUUCAAUUCGCAAAAUCCCGUUCUGCAAAACAUAACCGAUUACCUCAUUGAAGAAGCAUCCGCUGAGGAAGAGGAGCUACUCGGCUUGGCGGGCGAUAGUAAAGAUUCUGAGGGUGAGCCCAUUGAACGCGAUGAACAGCUGUUGGCUGUGCUGGAUCGUCUGGUGCUUUACUUGCGCGUUGUGCACUCAGUCGAUUAUUAUAAUCAUUGUGAAUAUCCCUAUGAGGAUGAGAUGCCUAAUCGUUGCGGCAUUAUACAUGCACGUGGUCCACCACCAAUACGCGUCACCAACAAUGAUCUGCAGGAGUAUAUGAAGAAUUAUGAAAGUAAACUAACGCAGUUUUUAACCAAAAGCGUGCUGCUCAAGGACGACGCUGUCAAAGAGCUGGGCGCCAAGGAUCCGGAGGUGGAGGUUGAGAAAUUUGUGCAGGCUAAUACCCAAGAGCUGGCCAAGGAUAAAUGGCUGUGCCCAUUGUCUGGCAAAAAGUUUAAGGGACCGGAAUUCAUACGCAAGCAUAUAUUCAACAAGCACGAAGAGAAAGUGGAUGAAGUACGCAAGGAAGUGCAGUACUUUAACAAUUAUUUGCGUGAUCCCAAGCGUCCGCAGCUUCCCGAGCAUCCAGGCAGCUCCAAGCGAGAAGGCGAGUCUGGACGUGGUGGCGGAUAUCGGCCUAACUUAUAUCCACCUUUCUCGGGUAUGCCCUAUGGCUUUGGACCACCAAUGAUGGGUGGUGGACGUGGCGGACGCAAUUUUCCGCCUGCGCGCAGAGAAUUACCUUUGGAACAUCAACGCCGGCUUAUCGGUUAUCAUGAUUUGGAUGCGCCUGUAAAUUCCGAUAUGUUUGACUAACUUAUUAGCACGGAAUGCACUAAAUAGUUUCCGAGCUUAGUUUUAAAUGCAAAUUCAAGCAAUGGUAGCCUAAACAGAACUUUGAAAAAACAAAAACAAAAAUAUACAAACAUUAAUUGAAUAUACACAUGCCUAACAUGCCAAUUAUUUAAUUUCUAAUGUGUACAAUACUACAUAUUGUAUUUUAAA